AUGGAUGAGGAAAACAUGACGAAAAGCGAAGAGCAGCAGCAUCUGAGUUUGCAGAAAGCCCUGCAGCAGUGCGAGCUGGUCCAGAACAUGAUCGAGAUCAGCAUCUCCAACCUGGAGGGGCUCCGCACCAAAUGUGCCACUUCCAACGACCUGACGCAAAAAGAGAUCAGAACCCUAGAGAGCAAGCUGGUCAAGUACUUCAGCCGCCAGCUCUCGUGCAAGAGGAAGGUGGCCCUGCAGGAGCGCAGUGCCAAGCUGGAGGGCUUCCCUCAGCUCCUGCACUGGUUCCGCAUCGUGGACAUCCGCAAGGAGGUCAUGGAGGAAAUCACCCCUGGCCAGCUGAGCCUGGAGGACCUUCUGGAAAUGACUGAUGACCAGGUCUGUGAGACGGUGGAGAAGUUUGGGGCCAACAGCGAGGAGUGUGCCCGGCUGAACGCCUCCCUCUCCUGCCUCAGGAGCGUCCACAAAUCAGGAGGCAGCCUUUCCAAGCAAGACUGGACCAUCCAGUGGCCGACGCCAGAAACAGGGAAGGAGAACACCCCUGUGUGCCAGCCCGAAUCCAUGCAGUGGAUCAGAACCCACCUUUCCCAGAGCCCCAAAGUGCAGUCCAAGUGCAUGCAGCACUACUGUCACCCGGCUUCGGCCCACGGACCCACGUACGCCCACGUGGAGAGACUGACCGUGGAGGGCUAUCCCGGACUAUGCCCCCCGCUGGAAGCCGGCCACCGCUCCUUGCCGCCUUCCCCCCGGCAACGGCACCCUGUUCACACCCCCCCACGGACGCCUAACAUAGUCACCACCAUGACUCCUCCCGGCACGCCGCCAGUGAGGCGGAGGAACAAGCUGAAACCUCCGGGGACGCCGCCCCCGUCGUCCCGGAAACUGAUUCACCUCAUCCCCGGCUUCACCGCCUUGCACCGGAGCAAGUCGCACGAGUUCCAGCUGGGCCAUCGAGUGGACGAGGCGCACACGCCCAAAGCCAAGAAAAAGAACAAGCCCCUGAACUUAAAGAUUCACAACAGUGUGGGAAGCUGUGAGAACAUCCCCUCCCAGCGCUCUCCCCUCCUGUCCGAGCGCUCCCUGCGUUCCUUCUUUGUGGGACACCCGCCUUGCAUUCCUUCCACUCCUCCUGUCCACGUGGAAGCCACCUUCUCAGCGAAUACACUGUCAGUGCCUCGCUGGUCCCCACAGAUUCCCCGCCGUGAUCUAGGGAACUCAAUCAAACACAGAUUUUCCACCAAGUAUUGGAUGUCUCAGACAUGCACCGUCUGUGGGAAAGGAAUGUUGUUUGGAUUAAAAUGUAAAAACUGCAAGCUAAAGUGCCACAACAAAUGCACCAAAGAGGCCCCGCCCUGUCACAUACUGAUCAUCCACCGUGGUGAUCCAGCAAGAUUAGUCCGGACAGAAUCUGUGCCGUGUGACAUCAACAAUCCUUUACGAAAGCCCCCCAGGUAUUCCGACCUGCACGUCAGCCAGACCCUUCCCAAAACCAACAAAAUCAGCAAGGACCAUAUUCCGGUACCCUAUCAGCCAGAUUCCAGCAGCAACCCCUCCUCAACGACAUCCUCCACCCCAUCCUCGCCGGCCCCGCCGUUACCGCCCAGCGCGACUCCGCCAUCUCCCCUCCACCCCUCUCCGCAGUGCACGCGGCAGCAGAAGCAGUUCAACUUGCCAGCUUCCCACUACUACAAGUACAAGCAGCAGUUCAUUUUCCCAGAUGUUGUGCCUGAGACACCGACCCGAGCACCUCAAGUUAUCCUUCAUCCAGUGAAUUCUAAUCCAAUCCUUGAAGGAAAUCCAUUGCUUCAAAUUGAAGUGGAGCCAACCUCCGAGAACGAGGAGGGGAACGACGAGGCCGAAGAGUCUGAGGACGACUUUGAGGAGAUGAACCUCUCCCUCCUCUCCGCUCGCCACUUCCCACGCAAGGCCAGCCAGACCAGCAUCUUCCUCCAGGAGUGGGACAUCCCCUUCGAGCAGCUGGAGAUCGGAGAGCUGAUCGGCAAAGGGCGCUUCGGCCAGGUGUUCCAUGGGCGCUGGCACGGCGAGGUGGCCAUACGCCUCAUCGACAUCGAGAGGGACAACGAGGACCAGCUGAAGGCCUUCAAGCGGGAGGUGAUGGCCUACAGGCAGACGCGGCACGAGAACGUGGUGCUGUUCAUGGGGGCCUGCAUGAGCCCUCCCCACCUCGCCAUCAUCACUAGUUUGUGUAAAGGACGGACGCUCUACUCGGUGGUGAGAGAUGCAAAGAUUGUCCUGGAUGUCAACAAAACGAGGCAGAUAGCUCAAGAGAUUGUGAAGGGAAUGGGGUACCUGCACGCGAAGGGGAUCCUUCACAAAGACCUCAAGUCUAAAAACAUUUUCUAUGACAACGGGAAGGUGGUGAUCACGGACUUCGGGCUCUUCAGAAUAUCGGGAGUUCUGCAAGCAGGCAGGAGGGAGAAUAAGCUGCGGAUCCAGAACGGCUGGCUGUGCCACCUGGCCCCGGAAAUCAUCCGCCAGCUCUCGCCUGACACGGAAGAGGACAAGCUGCCCUUCUCCAAGCCCUCCGACGUUUUUGCACUUGGCACCAUCUGGUAUGAGCUGCAUGCACGGGAGUGGCCUUUCAAGACACAACCGGCAGAGGCAAUAAUAUGGCAAGUGGGAAGAGGGAUGAAGCCCAACCUCAGCCAGAUCGGCAUGGGCAAAGAGAUAUCGGACAUCCUUCUCUUCUGCUGGGCGUAUGAACAAGAGGAGAGACCCACCUUCACCAAGCUCAUGGAGAUGCUGGAGAAACUGCCAAAGCGGAACCGUCGCCUUUCGCACCCUGGGCACUUUUGGAAGUCGGCAGAGUAA